CACAAUAAACUUCGAUCUUAUGCCCAUGAUGUGUUUACCUAUUUUUGUAAACAAGUAAAAUAGAAGUACGUGUAUAACCUGCAAGACUGUGCCGUACAUCCUAAGUGUUAAACCCAAAUUAUCAGUGUGCCAAAGACAAAUAAAAAAUGUGGCUGCUAUCAGUACCUAGAAUUAAUAGUUGGUUAACCUUUUCUUGUAUAGUGGGGUUAGGGUUGUCCCUUUAUGCUUAUACGGUAGAACUGCAGUUGGAAAUGGAUGAAAAAUAUCAACCCAUGUGCGAUUUGAAUCCUCAUGUCAGCUGUUCGAAGGCUUUUUCUUCCGAAUAUGGAAAGGGAUUUGGAAUAUUUGGGAAAGGCUCCGUACUUCAUAAACCCAAUAGUCUCUUUGGACUAAUGUUCUACAGUAUGAUUGCCACUUUAGCACAAUCCAAUUCCCGAUAUACAGUCCUCUUCUCCUUGGUGGCUAUAGCACUCUCGAAUAUAUUAUCCCUGUAUUUCGCAUACAUCCUCUACUUCAUACUGUACGAUCUGUGCAUAGUUUGCGUGUCCAUUUACGUCGUAAACGUGAUCAACUUAAUACUGAUCCAGUUGAAAAUCAAACUUCUAAGAACGAUAGAGGAAAACGAAGAAGAGGAAGAAGAAAAGAAGAACAAGUGAACGCGUGGGGAUGAACCAAACCAACUAUUCUUAUUGAGAUUGUGACUGAUUUAUAUAUUUUUUAGAUGUGACUUAUCUUUUGUUACAAAUUUACUGUUGCUGUUUAUAGUGGAAGUAUAAGAAUAAAUGUAUAUUUGAUGUUUUUA